UGUACUUUGGCAUUAUACAAUCAGAAUUUGCCAUGUAUCCAGGCAUCACUCCAUCUUUAACACUGACUGUACUGUUAACUUCUGCUGCAGUGUGGACAUCUACACUCACAGGAUGUCCCAAACAUGCCAAAUUUAAACCAGAAACCUCUGCUCUGGAGUCUUUGGAGUGUCGUAAUGACUACAGCACUCAUAUUCACUGCAGCUGGAUGGGCGACACCCAUAUUCCACUGUAUCUGUUUCAUAUGGACCCAGAUGACCAUAGGGUGUCUCCCUGUAUUCAGACUCCAAACCCUUCCAAGAAUCCCGCAGGGCAGAAAAGAGUUUCUUGUCAUUAUAACACCUCUCUCUUUGCCAUUGGCUUUGAUGAUGUAUUCUUCUUCAACACACCACACUCUCCUGGUCUGUCCAAAACUUUCAGACUCACAAAAUAUGAUGAUGCAGAAUCACACUGGAUUUUUACUCAGCUGGACGAUACACCACCUCUCUCACAUUCAACCCCUGGUCAUUUGAUGACACUUCUGACCACUGAUCCUCUCAGACGCCAUGACCAACAUCGCCCAGAGGUGGUGAUAAAUCAAGAAACAUUAAAGGGGAAAAGAGAGGUUAAAAUUCACACUAACCCAGUACAGAAGUUGGAAAUGGAAGGGAGCGCAAAUAAAAUGGAGGAAACCGAGGUGUUGUUCAAUGGGCCAGCACUGACUUCUGACUACUCUUUACCUGGUCCAUCUAACCUACACUGUGUGCUCAAUGGUGGGUGGAAUGUGAGCUGUAGCUGGGAGAUGACACAUGACCUGGCGCAGUACAUCUGUUACACCUUGACCUACCGAACACACUCCUCUGCACUGUCUGAGUGGUUCUGUGUUGAGAAGGUGGAGGUCAUAAAUGUGGGUGAUUUGUUGAGAAUGGUUGGUGUCUUGACUGUUUUUGAGCCUGGUCUGCUGCAGGUGCAACUCACGCCAACGCCAGUCUCCAGAGUCAUCCGCGCUUACGAAAACAUCCAACCUACAUGUCCAAUGGGUCUGAGUGUUGAACUGAGAGAGGACUGGAUCCUGAAAUGGACUCUACCGAAGUAUCGUACUGUACCCCUCACUGCUGAACUCAAGUACUGGAGCAUACUUACACCUGAGGAUGUAAAGACCAUCUUUCUCUCUGAUGCAAUAAUGGUAUAUGCUAUAUCAGAGCGUACUCUCAGGGGUUCUACUGAGUACUGGGCUCAGGUUCGCUGUAAUGUGAGCACACAUAGACGUUCAGGACGGCGUUAUGCUGGAUAUCCCUCAGAAUGGACCAACCUUGUACACUGGACCACACGGCCUGAACCUCUUGCACCCCGUGUGGUUGCAUUUUUCCUGUAUUUCCUCAUUGUGACUCUCGCAGCAGCUGUCUCCAUCACAGUUUUCUUCAUUUUGGUUACCAUUCAGAGAAGACUAAGAGAAUGGGAUGUGUCUCUUCCCUCUCCUCUUCAUAGCAAAGCCUCAGAGGUGCCACUGUGUCUGCAGAGGGAAAGACUGCCAUGCUGUACCGAAUUUAAGGAUCCAGAUAUAAGUGAUGCUCAAAUCGUGGGUGUCCGUCUUCAGUUCCCCUCAAUUGACUCAGGAUAUACCUCGACUGCUGAUGGUGACAACCACUGUCAACAAUCAUUAACAGAGGGGAAUGCUUUGAAUCUGCUUGUUAACAAUCCAUGCCCUAUGUCUGCAAGAACCGCUUUACCUCAGUGUGAUAUGAGAAUGAAUGUUCUACAUUGUGACAGUACAGUCCAAACUCAUCCCGCCAACAUCCGUGAUGUAGUUCUGCCAUGCUCAGGGGGAUACCUGGAGAAUCCUGCGACUUCUUGCCAUCUGAAUGUUGAAAUGGACGAUAGAUACAUGAAUUGCCCUGGACCUGAUUUGAUUUCACCCAAAAGAAAGACAAAUACUCAUUCACUCCAUACACAGCAAGAUUUAAACAAUGUUUUCAGGCCACCUUCUCUGCUUUUCAAGGAAGUGCUCCAGGAAGACUCGGAGUGGUACAUAUAAGUUCAGGGUAGAUUAUUAAAGAUUAGUUUACCCAAAAAUGAAAUUUCUUUCAUUUUUACUCACUCUAAUGUCGCUUCAACCCAUAUGACUUUCGUUGAACAACGUUGAAGUUUGCACAGGUUUUAUUUGCCAUAUAAUGUGAAUAACGAAGUGAAUAGUGACUCUUUAUGGUGUGAAGCUAGAAAAAAACACCAUAAAACAACAAUAAAAGUAAUCGACACUCUCAUGCACCUCAUUGGUUCUAGCAACAUGACGUCAUGACGUUUGGUCAUGAGACCAAUGAGGUUUAAUGUCAUUGAUGCGUCACCAUAUUUGAUUUAGGCCAGAGGUAGUUUAGCAGAGACUGAGCACUUGUAUUAAAAUGAAUGGUAGAAAUUGGAACACCUAAUAUGGUGGAUGUAAAAAAGGAAGUCCCGCCUUACAGGUAAAAGAGCCAAUCGCCUUUUAGAUACAGACAUCGCCUGUCAAUCAGCUUGAGAAUGUGCAUGCACAUUAGCUGAACCAGCCUGUAAAAUAUACUUUUUUAGCAUAAUCUAAAAGAAACACAAUUUAUGAUACCAGUUUUGUCAGAUUUUACUGCUGAUUUGAAAUAUGUUAUCUUGCCCAACUGUUUUGGAGAUUUCGAUCUUUCCCUAUUCAAGUAGAUAGAAGCUGUGCAUUUAUGGCGUUUGUAUCCAUAGAAAAUAGCUGCCAUGGAACGUUCCAAAGAUGGCCGCAGAGUGGACUGACUUGCCUUGAAAGGGAUUUUGUUUAGGCUCUGUAUUCAUGAGAUGAUAAAGGAUUUAAUUGGAUUUAUUUGUAGUGAAUAACGACUUAAAUUUUGGUUAGUUCAUCAUACAAAGUUAUCUAAUGCCAUCAAAAGACUUUGAACAUGACAUAUAAGUCACAUGGACUACUUUUAUGACACCUUUGGGUGCUUUUUUUAAGCUUUAAAGUGAGUCACUAUCAAAUGGUAUUGUAUGUAAUUCAGUGAUCACAACAUUCUUUAAAAUAUCUCCUUUUGAGGAUGAGUAAAUAAUGACAGAAUUUACAUUUUUAGGUGAACUAUUCUGUUAAAGGAAUGUUUCGGGUUCUUCUCAUAUGGGGUUAUUUUUGUAUCAUAUUCACAUACAAAUGGAAAGAGAUUUACAAAUAAAAAGUUGGUUCACAAAUAAAUUGAAUCGGAUCCACAAAUAAAUGUAAGUUUCACAAAAAUGAAAUAAAUUCACAAAUAAAUAAAAUGAGAUUUGCAAAUAAAAAAAUUAUUUACAAAUAUAUUUUUUAACUCACAAACACAACUCUGCCCAGCAUUCAUUUGUGAAUCACGCGCAUUUAUUUGUGGAUUGCUUCCUGUGCAUCAGCGAAUCACUACACACAGUCUUCGAUUUUGAAACAAAUCUAGCAUCGAAAUGUGCACACAAAUCUACAAAUAGGUGAACUCCACCCAUUGUCUACUCAAGCCAAUCAGAUAAUGGCAACAUUACUCGGACCAGUCAUAGCACGACCUGUUUUCAACCAAUCACGCUUCGUUUUACUAUCAGGGCGGGACCAGAGUCACAGCACUCUCAUGAGCAUGGAAUCAAGCAUAUACAUACAGUAUGUGUCUAAAGGCAGAUGAGCGAAUACUUUUGGCAAUAUAGUGUAUAAGCUCCAGGUCGCAAACUUUUAAAGAAACGGAUGUCAUCAGAGGAAUACUGUGUCUUAAGGUUUGUAUAAUUUUCUCUCAGUUAUAAACAUGUAGUGUCUUGUAAAAUGUCGACAGCUGAAAAUUGCCCAUUUGUAGAUUGUCCUGAUCAUUAGCAUUAUAGCUAACCUGGCUGACUGUAUGAGUCUGCUAUUUUAAUUUUAACCAAGUUUCUUGACUGAAAUGUGCCAUGAAAUCCUUUACUCUUAAUGUUUCAUGGCAGAUCCAAAAAGACACACUACUAGACACUUCAAAAGAUCAGUAGUACAGAGAGUGCCGUUAUAAAACAGGAAUCAUAUUAGAUGAUCUAAGGAACACAAACCAUAUAUUAAACCAUAUAUUAAUACCCUAUAUUACACAGUGUACAAGAUCUGCUAUGGCAUUUAUUUUAUUUAUUUGUGAAUUCACUUUAUUUUUGUGAAACUCCUAACAUAUAUUUAUAAAUCAACAUAUAUUUAUAAAUCUCAUUCUUUUUAUUUGUGAAUUUGUUUCAUUUUUGUGAAACUCCUUACAUUUAUUUGUGGAUUUCAUUCAAUUUAUUUGUGAACCAACUUUUUAUUUGUGAAUUUCUUUCCAUUUGUAUGUUAACAUGAAACAAUUCCAUCUCCAUAUUCUCAGUUUAAAAAAAACAAAACAAAUAAAAGUCACAUUUACAGUAAUGUUUUUACAAUGAAAGUAAUACAAUUACAAUGGGUCAAGGCACUGCACCAGAAUAAACAUUAAAAUGCACACCAUUUCAAAAGUAAAGCCACAAGAUGUAAACCAUAUACAUGUUAACACAGGACUAGUGUGAUAAGAUUGCUUACUAACUCUGUCUGCAAAGUUAUAUCCAAUUUUCAACUCUUGUCAUGACCAUGUAAAGCCAAUAUAUACGUGUCGCAAUACAUGCAAGGGAGCCAGAAAGAGACUGUUUGCACCCACAGGAAUUAUGUUGGUAGCACAAAACCAGAAAUGCAUCCACCUUGAACAGUAGUCCCACAACUAAAGGAUGAUUUAGACAAGUCUACAGGUCAAAUAACAUUUUUGUACGAAAGAAUGAAUAUAAGUGUAUGUCACAGAUGCUGUUGAUAGAGUUUUGCUUGUAAUAAGAAUUCCAAGAAACCUUUGUCCUCAUCUUUCCAGAUUGACCACUAGAGGACAGCACAUGAUUUUGUUUGACACUUUGUCCCACACUUUGCUGAUAGAGAGGGUUACCAAAACCUGAUCGACAAUAACUUGUCUGACACUUUUCAGUAGAAUAUUACUGCCUCACUCAUUGAAAUUUAACAGACAUCAAAGGCAAAUAAACCUCUUUAAUCUUG